AUGACGCCGUCCGACUACUCGGACGACAGGCUGCUAGCCUUUCUCCGCCUGAAGCUCGCUGGCGGGCCGCUCCUCGCCGCCGCCGCCAUGCAUUUCUACGAUGUCGACAUCUAUGCCGCCGACCCAGCCAUCCUCACAUCGGUCCACGAGCCGGCCCCGGCGAAGAAAGGGGAUGGCGAUUCCUGGUUCUUCUUCACCCACGUGAAGCCUAAGAGCAGCCGUGACACCCGCAAGUCUCGCCAGGUCGCUGGCGGAGUGGGCACCUGGCACUCCGAGCGUGCUCCCCGUGCCAUGUUCGACGACGAGGGUAACUGCAUCGGCCACUUACAGUAUUUCUCGUACAAGAUUAAGACCGGCAAGAACUUCAGUGAAAGGACUCAAUGGUAUAUGGUGGAGUUCAGCGACGACGAUCAACAAGGUAACCACGGCCGCAUCCAUGGCGGCGAGCCCGUGCUAGUUCUUUGCAAGAUCUAUAAGGCCCACUCUAAUUCUAGUUCUAGAUCAUCAACAGCGCACAAGAGAAAGCCCACUGACGAGCUCCUCAAUCAGGUCUCAUCUCCCGUGAAGGCAAAGCGCCGGCUUUUCGACUAUCCUGCUCCAAUUUCUACGGCGGCCGCGUCACAGGAACCGAUCAGCUAUAAAGCGUGGUAUGAACCUGCUGCUCGAUUGAAGGCUCUCAACAGUGGGAUCGAAUCCAAGCCAUCGCAGGACGAGGCAGAACCAGAGGCAUCGUACGAACAGGUCAUAUCUUAUCAACUUUCUUCUCCAUUGGAGUUUCUCUGCAGCGGGUUGCUACCCAAGCCGUCGCAUGAUGAGGAAGCAGAGCCUGAAGAACUAGAGACGUUGCAAGAAAAGCUGAGCUCUAGAGUCUCGUACAACUUGCUGGUGGCAUUGCUGGUGGCAGUACCAGACGUGCGCAUCAUGCCCUUCGCUCAUGUUCCACCGGCUCCUGCGGCGUCUUGGCUUUUCAGCGGCCCUGACAUUUGGAGUUGCUGA